UGCUGAGAGAGGACGGGCAGUCGGUCUUGUGCGCCGAGGGAGGACGCAGACGACCCCCCUCACGCCAGCCCUCUUUGUCGUUGUGCUAGCGCUAUUUCGCGUUCCCCUUGUGGCCUCCUCGAAUUUCGGAUUUUUUUUCGAAGAAAAGGUGUAUAUAUGUGGAUUUGCAUUACUUUGUGAGGUCGUGUUGUCAUACGGUCUUUGUUAAUGAAUGUCAUGCGAAAUACCUCGGGAGUAAUAAUGUCAUGCAGUGAACAGAAAACGGAGUGCAGUGAAGGUCAUUUGAAGGGUAACUAAACAAUAGUCCAGACAAGAAAUUUAAACCCGACGAAUGGACUAGUCACUGUGAAGGGAAAUCAGCCCUGCUCAAGGUGACAGCGCCAUUGUCUGUGUUAUAUAUAUUGCUUUUUUUCCUAUAUUCUAUUAUCACUGGAGGAAGAAGAAGGAAAGAAAGAAAAGAAAAAAAGUUUACCAGGAAAUAAAAGAGAAGAGUGAAAAAAACAAGAAAAUAUAAUUCGGGCAAAAAAUAAAGGGAAACAAAAAAAAAGUAAAUAUGAAAAAAAAAUGUCAAUGAAACUUAGAAAAUUCAAAAUGAUCUCGUAGUCCCCGCCAAAAAUAUAAAGGAAAGGAAAGAAAACGGCAAAAAAACAAAAACAAAAGAGCAUCUAUAGAUUCAAAUGACAAUGAAAAACACGAAUUCGAACGGCCGGAGCUCAAGCGGGAGCAGUGGACGAAGCGGGCACAGCAGGAGCGGGAAUGGAAGCGGAAGAAGCAGUAAAAGCGGAAGCAGUAGGAGCAGGAACAGCGACGCGAGGAGGGAGAGCGUGCGACAGGAUUCUCUGACAUCCUACGGGGACGACGAGUCUGCGAGCUUUAAGAGGCAUGGCACAUCAUGGUCGAAGGUAUUGACGAAUGGAGCAACAUCAUGAGGCAAAAUGCAGAUACCCUCGUCAUAGACACGGUGGAGAAAUUGGCUGCCCUCAUCACGGAGAAGCGGGCAUCGAGGAAGGUCUAUUACGAGGAGCACCAGAGGAUUACUAAUGAAGUGUCGAGGUUACAAGAAGCAGUCAACAAGUCAAAAAAUAAUUAUGAACAGGCCCUUGAACACUACAAGAGCUCAAAAACCAAAUAUGAAGAUCAAUAUCUAAAAGGCAAACCGGGUCGCAAACUUGAUGAACUUAAAGAGAGAUAUCAAAAAGCAUGCAAGAAACUUCACCAAGUCCACAACGACUAUGUCCUCCUGCUCUGUGAAGCUGCAGACUACGAGAGGGACUUUCGGACAGUGCUUUUGCCUGGUCUGCUUGAGUACCAGGAAAGAGUACAGGAAGAUAUGAUUGAUAAAUGGCGAUCAAUACUAGCAGAGGUUUGUGAACUAACGGACACAACCCAGGGCCGAUACGCACAGCUCCAGGCAGAAGUGGCAUCGGCAGUUUCAGCAAUAUCCCCUAAGACAGAAUAUUCCAGUUUUUCAGAGACCAACAAGAGCAUGCUGCCUGAUCCCGUCUCGUUCGCUUUCUGCAAGGAACUUUUAGGGAGUUCGCCCCCAGAUCCUGUAUCCUUUGAGUUCUGCAAUGAACUCUUGGGAGAUGGUGUAGGAUCUCUCCAGGCAGGUCAGCUGGCCGUAGACUCACUCACUGUAGACUCCUUACGCCUACGGCUCAAUGACAUUGAGCACAGCUUACGCGAGGUCACGACGCAGCUCAGAGAGAAACAGAAUCUCCUCAACCAGCACGAGACUGAAGUUGUUAAUAUCAAGACAAAUUCUCUGCAAGACAGUAACAUUGCCUCAAGGUUACCAGUUCUAAAAAGGGCAAGUGAUGUGUUACGCCGUGAACUGAAUGAAUUACGAUGUCGUGAGUCGUGGUUACAGCACCAACACCGCCUCAUCCAUGACCCUCUAGCAGCUCUAGGGUGUGAAGAAGCCCCCCAGCCUUGGGAAGCAACACAAGUUAACGGGGACUCGGGCUACCGUUCUAGGUCAUUACUGUCUUUGAACUUUGCGGGCCUCAGGUCCAAUUCCAUUCUCGCUCUCAAUUUUCUGCACCAACGCUCGGACUCCCUCUCCCUGAAGUCCCGAUCGGCAGCAAUAAAGGAACUCUUACGAAAGCCUUUCAAUCGAAGUAAGACGAGUGACUCCCAAGCUUCAACACCUCCAACCCCGACCAGAGCCAACACGGAAGAGAGAGCCACAGAACCCGACCAACACUCGCUUUUGGAAAUGACACCCGGUGGUCAGGCUGAGGUCCCGCAGGCUGUAAAUGGAGUCCAGGAACUGACAUAUGACCCAGACCGAUGCCUAGAGGACGAGCCAUGGUUCCACGGUGUGCUGCCCAGGGAGGAAGUAGUUCGGCUCCUGGUCAAUGAAGGGGACUACCUUGUGAGGGAAACAACGCGGAAUGACGAGCAGCAGAUUGUUCUCUCAGUGUGUUGGGGCUCUCACAAACAUUUCAUCGUGCAGACGACUCCUGAAGGACAUUAUCGGUUUGAGGGACCAGCUUUCCCAACGAUCCAGGAACUGAUUCUUCACCAGCAUGGAUGUGGGCUGCCGGUCACGAACAAGUCAGGUGCUAUUCUCCGCAACCCCAUAUUCAGAGAGAGAUGGGAACUGAACAACGACGAUGUGGAAUUACGGGAUAAGAUAGGCAGGGGUAACUUUGGUGACGUGUAUAAAGCACGUUUACGGGACUCAGGACUGGAGGUGGCUGUCAAGACUUGCCGAGUGACGUUGCCAGAUGAACAGAAAAAGAAAUUCUUGCAAGAAGGACGCAUUUUGAAGCAAUAUGAUCACCCAAACAUUGUCAAAUUUAUUGGCAUUUGUGUUCAGAAACAGCCUAUUAUGAUUGUCAUGGAAUUGGUGCCUGGUGGCUCUCUGCUGAGUUUUGUGCGGAACCAUAAGGGUCAGCUGACAGUGAAGCAGAUGAUGGGAAUGUGCCUCGACACUGCUUCAGGCAUGGCUUACCUCGAGUCAAAGAACUGCAUUCAUAGAGACUUGGCGGCAAGGAACUGUCUUGUGGGUCAUCGAAGCAUUGUCAAGAUUUCAGACUUUGGUAUGUCAAGAGAAGAAGAAGAAUACAUUGUCAGCGAUGGCAUGAAACAGAUUCCAAUCAAGUGGACGGCUCCUGAAGCUCUGAAUUUUGGCAAGUACACAUCAUUGUGUGAUGUGUGGAGCUAUGGUGUGCUAUGCUGGGAAAUCUUUUCUUCAGGAGAGGUUCCUUAUCAGGGUUAUUCCAACACAAAGGCUCGAGAGAUGAUUGAUUCAGGUUACAGGAUGUUGGCCCCACCCAACACCCCAGAGGAAAUGUACCAGCUAAUGCUAAAGUGCUGGCAGUACGAACCGGAAAACAGGCCGCACUUCUCGGAUAUUUAUGCUGCUGUUGAUAGUAUAUAUGCCCCAUUAUAGUGCCGUGCUUUUUUUGGUAAUAGUAAGAUGAAUAAGGAUCCAUUAUAUUAAUGUAUUUUGUUAUUCAAGAUUCUCCCUCUUUUUCCUGUCUUUAUUCAGGAUGGAAAAAAAAAUGUAGUAAUGCUCUUCUGUUUUGCCCUUAAUGAAUAUGUAUUUGUAAGAACAGAUUUUUGCAUGUGGAGGUUUAGUGAUUGCAAGGGAAGUACAUAUCAAUCUUUAUGGCAAUGUAUAUUAUGAGAAUGUAAUUAACAAAGAAUUGUCAUGAAAAAGUAAUAUUCACAUGAUGUUAACAUUUUAGCAGUAAUGUACUUUGAUAAAAUGAAUAAAUAAGUUUAUUUCUUGGUUUGAAGAUACUUAAUGCAAUAUAUAUAUUUUUUUCUUUUUUGCACAAUAAGGUAAAUCUUAUUAUGUAUUUGUUAAUGGUAUUUAAUUUGAAGAAUUUGUAUUCAGUGAUAGAACAUUUGAAAAUGUUCUUUUAAAUCUGGUUCUUAGUACUACCCAGUAAAUAAUGAUUAUAACAGUGAUAAUAGAAAUAGUAAUAAUGAUAAUAAUAAUAAUAAUAUUAGUAAUGAUAAUAAUAAUAUUAAUGAUAACAAUGAUAAUAAUAAAGUUAUAGUUUAUUUAAGCAUUCAUUUAGGAAACUGUUUCUGAUCUUUACCACAGUAAUUACUGCUAAAAUUUAGCAUGCUCUUGAGAUGUUUUUUAUUAAUGAUUUACACUUAAGAUAAUUAUGAAUGAUUUAUGAUGAAGAAUUCUAUAACAGAUUAUAAACAAGAAAGAGUAGCUUAUAGUAAUAUGAUACCAGGUGCUAAUGGGUCCUUUCAAUAGUGUCCAUGACCUUCUUUUGAUAUUCAUCGUUGCAUUUUCGAUGACACAUUGCAAGUCACAUUGCAAUUUAGAAGUAGAAUUUGAUAUAUCACAGGAAUGACAUGGUAGGUUUGGUGUAGGAGCUUUUUUUGCUUUAAGUUUACAAUAGACCUUUUACAUAUCGAUGUCAGUGUCAUAGGGAUAAACUUUUGAUGUUUUGAUAAAAAACAAGACUGAAUAAAAGGUUUUUGGUAUGUCAAUAUAUUUAUUGCUGUUAGCAGCAUGUUUACAUAGUCUUGCCAGCAUAAUAUUAAACAAAACAAAGAGAACGUUGUCUAUUUAUGUUCAUAUGUCUUGCUCACGUUGCAGUUUCAUAGGGAUAUAAUGCUUAUCUUUAGUUGGCUGGGAGAGCAAAAGUGAUAGACAAUAGAGCGUUGGGGAAAAAUGUUGAUUAUCUAUCACCUGUGAUAGCUACCUUUAACUGCUGUAAAUGCUGUUUAUACAAAAGCCUUGUUGUAUCAUUGUUGACUAUGUAGGGAGCUCCAGCAGUGUGCACAAGACUAUAGCGAUUGCAAAAGACUUGUAUUUUGGUGCACAAGAAGAAAAGUAGUAAUUUAUGGCUUCUUGAGGAGAAAUGUGUGCCAUAUAUUACACUUAGAUGUACUAGUGUAUAUGUGCCAUGAAGGAGAAGAUAUUUCUAUAUAAGAAGAUAAAGUUUGUAACAAUUUAUACAUACAUAUAUAUAUAUGAUAGUAUUUAGUUGAAUGAUGCUUCUGUUGCAAUAAGACUGUAAAUAUAGAUUUUACUUUUUGAAUGUCAGUGUUUUGCAGGUAAUUUUACGAAUAUGAAGGAAACGUGUAUAUGUGCUCACUACCAGGUGUUUAAACUACACAGCAGGCAAUAUUAGUUACAUAAUUCUCAGUGUGAAUAAAAGGGAAGGGUAUUACUGUCUAAUGUACUUUUUUUUUUUUUUUUUUUUUUUUUUUUGUUAGGUAUCUACAAUAACCCAUUUACAUAUUGAAAUGUAGAUAUUCAGUAAGCCUCUUUGUGCAGUGUGCAAGACUAUACAUGUAUAUUUGAUUUUUCCUUUUUUCUCUCUCUUCUCGCACUUCUGUGGAUUUACAUAACUCAGAGGCUGUCACAUGCAACCCUUUUGCUUUACAGCAGCAUAGUAUUUGAAAUGCCAUAAAAAAAUUGAAAAAAAUUGAUUUCUUGUAUAUGUGUAUAAUAUAUCUAGUCCACUAACCUUUAUGGCCGAAUGAUUAUUAAGGAAAAUUUACUUGUUUAUCCAUGCAAUUGGGCAAUAACCAGCUUAACUAUCCUUGUUUUUCAUUAAUGUACAUAAUUGCUAUGCAUAUUAAUGCUCCAUCUCUUUAGCUUGUAAGCAUUUGCUUUAGACUAUGUGAUUAAAUGUUUAUACAACCUGUGUGCUGUGCUUUCUGAGAGAAUUUGUGGUGAAUGAUCUGAAUAUUUAUAAUUUUUUGUAUGUAUUAAUGCAGAGGUUUAUGCUUCAUGUCAAAACUUGUGAAAAUAGUAGCAGUGAUCCAUUUCAUGCUGAUUUUUUUUUUCUUUAUUUCUUGGAGUUUAGAUGAAACAAAUUCCAUCAUACAAUAGCAAAAUUGACUUGUAUUCUUACUGAUUUCUUUCUGUUAUUGGUUAUCCAGGAUGUAUGUGGUUUGAAACCAUUUCUUCUUUCUGUCACAAUAUGAUAUCACCUUUAGCAGUUAGUGAAAUUCAGAGACUGAUAGCGAUAGCACUUAAUAGUUAGAUUUGGUCACGCGGCUGGAGUGAUUUGCAAAUCGCCAAGCCUUCUCACAAGUAUAACUAAUCAAAGAUCCCCUUUUUUUUUUAUAUACAAGCAUAUGAUAAGUACAGUAUGACAAUAAAAAAAUAUGCAUUGAAUGGAUGUACCACCACUCAUGCAGAGUGAUAUUUCCUCUCAUUUCUACAUCUUCACCUUUGAUGGGGUAUGCAGUGAUAGCGUAUAGUUGACAAUAUGUUUGCCUCAUCUGCUAAUAGCAACUAACAACCAAAAAAUGUACUUGUUACUCUCUGUAAGUCACUUUUCCAUUAAACUAUUGAAUGUU